AUGGUAGGCGAUGGAUCGUGGAGGGAAACUUCCUCAUCAGAGGAGGAAUGUAUAGUACUUGAUGACUCAGUCGAUACCCUAGAGGACGGUGAUGACUCAGAUCCCAAUUAUACUCCCACUAAGCGCCUAUCAGAGCCAACACUUUCACCAGACUAUAUACCAGAGGAGGCUAUUGGCUCACGGUUUGAGGUGGGGGACAUUGCACCUUCCCCUACCUCGGCUACUCCUGUGGAGCAAGCCAUCUCUCUUGUGGUUCCCCACAUUGCCGAUCACUCAGAUCGUACUGUCGUGAUGGACACUGAGCUUUUCUUGUUGAGGAUGGAUUUGAUGCAGCUCAGGGAUAGGGUGCAUUACUUGGAGGAGGAGAGACACACGUUGGAUAUGAGGACGUUGCUCGUUCAGGACCAGCUGCGGGAGGCACGGGAGGAGACCUAG